UAGCUACAUAAAUAGGGAGGACAAGCGCAGCAUGUCAACAUGAUCGAUCAGAGGAUAAAAAGCCCCAGGUUCAGUAGACUGUGACUUAGAGAGCCACAGUUUGAUACCGAGACGUCGCGCUUGUCACUGACAGUGAGUCCGCUCCGUUCAGACGCUCUUCUUCGGGGACAUAAACAAACCCGGGACACAAACAAACCGGGACACAGAGCCUGAGCACAGGCAGCAGACAUGCCUCUGAAUAAGUCCCGGGUGGCUGUGGGGUUCGCGGUGGCCGGUGUCCUGGCCGUGGUGUUUGGGAUAGUCCUCACUUUUGUGGGGCCGCUGAUAAUCGACGACCAGAUCGUGAAGAACACAGUGAUCGACCCAAAGAAUGAUCUAACCUACACCAUGUGGAGGGACAUCCCUGUGCCGUUCUUCAUGUCGGUCUACUUCUUCAACAUCCUCAACCCCAAGGAGUUUCUGAAUGGAGAAAAGCCCAUGGUGGAGCAGCGAGGACCUUAUGUGUACAGGAAACGCUGUCAGAAAGACAACAUCACAUUUCAUCCAAACGACACAGUGUCAUACAAGGAAUACAGACAAUACUUCUUCGAGCCUUCCAGGUCUGUAGGGAACGAGUCGGACAUCGUAACGAUACCAAAUAUGUUGGUGCUGGGUGCAGCGGUGAUGAUGGAAAAACUCCCGUACGCAGUUCGUUUAAUGAUCAGCGCCACCUUCAAGACUUUCAAGGAAGGACCCUUUAUAACCAAGACCGUCGGGGAGCUGAUGUGGGGUUAUGACAGUGGACUCGUCGAUUUCCUUAAUAAAUAUCUACCCGGCCAGCUGCCCUCAACUGGAAAGUUUGGCCUUUUUGCAGACUUCAACAACUCCAACACGGGUCUGUUCACCAUCUUCACCGGACGGGACGACAUCAAGAAUGCUCAUAAAGUUGAUUCCUGGAAUGGCCUGACUAAUCUGGACUACUGGCGGACCCCUCAGGCUAACAUGAUCAAUGGAACAGCUGGGCAGAUGUGGCCUCCGUUCAUGACAAAAGAAAGCACUCUGCCAUUCUACAGCCCUGACGCCUGCAGGUCUAUGGAGCUUGUAUACCAGCGUCCUGGUGUGAUGAAGGGAAUCCCUCUUUAUCGGUAUGUGGCACCCAAGACCCUGUUUGCCAACGGGACAGACUACUCCCCCAACGAAGGUUUCUGCCCCUGCAGACAGUCCGGCUUGCUGAACGUCAGCAGCUGUCGACACAAAUCUCCAGUCUUCAUCUCUCAUCCUCACUUCUUUAAUGCUGAUCCUGUCCUCCUGGACUAUGUGGAUGGCCUCCAUCCCAAUGAGGACAAGCAUGGUCUCUUCAUCGACAUUCACCCACAAACCGGUGUCCCUCUCAAUGUUUCCAUCCGUCUGCAGCUCAACCUGUACAUGAAGAAAGUGUCCGGAAUUACAGAAACUGGCAAGAUUUCUGAGGUGGUGAUGCCCAUGAUCUGGUUUGAGGAGAGUGGAUAUAUAGACGGGCCUAUCCUCAAAACGUUCCACACAAACCUGGUCAUUCUUCCUGCUGUGAUGGAGUACACGCAGUACGGCUUCAUAGCUCUCGGCCUGGCAACGAUAAUAAUCGCCGCUCUGGUGCAUCAUAAAGUGCGGAGGUCUAAUAGAAAUGCUACCAUGAUGUCCACCAUGAUGAAGAACCCCGGGGCCUCUGACAAAAAGCCAGUAAAAGGCUCACAUGGCCAUGAAACACAGGAGAAAUAUAACAUAAAUAACUAAGAGAAAUAAACGUGAAGGUGGCACCACACCAGAUGCAACAACAAGCACUUCAGGCGAAGAGAGAGACCCUCUACUACAAGAUGAAAUGGACUGACAUACAGUGACACUGACAUGUCAUUUUACCUCUUUAAUUUAAAGAAAUGGGAACUAAUGACCUGCAAGUGUGUAUCACACACUCUAACAAUCAGUGAGUCAAGCAGAGCACUUUUUGUAUCCUACUGCCUUCUGUAAAGAUGUGAAUGUUUCUUCUUAAAACUGAUGUGAAUGAAUCAGGUAAUAAAUGUGCCUUUGUUUGAAAAUCAAA